UCCAUCUCUAUCACCAUGGACCACGGCGACCACUCGGGCCACUCAGGCCACACCAUGCCUGGCAUGGAACGCCCCAUGCCCUCUUGUGCCAUGAACAUGCUCUGGAACAACCAGGUCGCAGACACCUGCGUAGUAUUCAGAUCCUGGCAUAUCUCUGGUACAUGGACCAUGGUCCUCUCCUGCCUCAUCAUCAUAGCAAUCUCCCUCUUCUACUCUUACCUCCUCCACUAUAUCAAGCAGUACGACCGCCAAGUAGCGUACAAUGUUUAUUCGUCUCAGCAGUCGGGGAGCGCGUCGAGGAGGGAUAGUAAUGCUGGCGCGAGCUCGUCAGGGGCGGGGUUGAUCCCGCCAAUCCCGGUGGGGUAUGGGGGCGCUGAGACGGGAGCCGUCGGCAAGAUUGGAGUAACAAAACUUCCGCUAAAGAUCAAGAUCACUAGGGCAGGCUUGUAUGCCACCUCUGUCGCCAUCUCCUUCUGGUUGAUGCUGGUAGCCAUGACUUACAACACCUACCUCUUCUCUUCCAUCGUGAUUGGCGCUUUCCUGGGACACAUCGUGUAUGAAGGAGACUUGGACGUUGGAGCCGUCCUCGGAGGGACGGGAACUAAAGGUCUUGCAUGCCACUAGUACUAGCACUCAUGACAAUGUAGAUAUCUGUGUACAAGCAUGUAAAAUACCCACUGAUCC